AAUAUUUAACCGGCAGAUGGCGCCAUAUACACUGCAUAGCAUCACAUGACUGAAUCUUGGAGUAGAGUUUAGAGACGCCUGAGACAGAAGGAGAGAGAGUACUGAAGAAAGUCAAACUCCCAAACAGGAGCCCGAGAAGUAGAGAGCAUAGCAGAGGAUCAUCCGCCCUACAGCACACAACAGAUUUGCGGACAGCAGUGUCUCAGUAAAACCUGUGAAAACCUGCAGCUGUAGCACGUGCCUGUGAGAAGAACUCGCGCUGGAUGUAACAGACACGCACCAGCAACUAUGUGCACGGGAACCGGGAAAGAGACGUACGGGUGUCAGCGCAACUUUAUCCUGCUCCUCUGGCUGAUCAUAGCCAACUGCGAUGCAGAGAUUCUCUCAGACCCAAACGUGGUGGCCGCCUCCAACUGGAACAUGUCCAGCGGAGCUGAAAGAGGUCACUUCUUAAGGUUGGAUGCUCCCAUGAAUAACAUCACUACCUCUCAUGGUCAGACGGCUGAGUUACAUUGCCAUGUUUCAGGGAACCCACCACCCAGUGUGCGCUGGCUAAAAAACGAUGCCCCUGUGGCCCAGGAACCGCGACGUAUCUCUUUGAGAUUGACUUCGUACGGGUCACGUUUGAGAAUCCGAAACCUGGACACCACGGACACCGGCUACUUUCAGUGUGUGGCUACCAACGCAUAUGGCACAGUAUCCACCACUGGAAUUCUGUUCGUCAAAUUUGAUCCGGCUCCCACCCCUCUGUCUGGAAGGCCCCCAAUAGAUGAUGUGGAUGAGGAUGGUUUCUGUCAACCUUACAGGGGCAUCGCUUGUGCCCGCUUCAUUGGAAACAGGAGUAUCUUUGUGGACUCGCUGCAGAUGCAAGGCGAGAUCGAGACCCAAAUCACAGCGGCGUUCACCAUGAUCGGCACCUCUAACCACCUGUCGGAUCGCUGCUCCCAGUUUGCCAUCCCAUCCCUGUGCCACUUCGCCUUCCCGGCGUGCGAUCGCAGCUCUGGCAUAGACAAACCGCGAGACUUGUGCAAAGAUGAGUGCGAGAUUCUGGAAAAUGACCUGUGCAAGACCGAGUACAUUAUUGCACGCUCCAACCCCCACAUCCUCAAACGCCUCAAACUGCCCAACUGUGAAGACCUGGCUGCUUCGGACAGCCCCGAGGCUGCCAACUGUAUGAGAAUAGGCAUCCCGAUUGCUGAGACCAUAAACAAAAGCCACAAAUGUUACAACAACAGCGGUUCGGACUACCGGGGCACAGCCAGCGUGACGAAAUCCGGUCGACAGUGUCAACCGUGGAAUUCACAGUAUCCUCACAGUCAUACCUUUCUGGCCGUGCGAUACCCAGAGCUGAACGGGGGACAUUCCUACUGUCGUAACCCUGGGAACAAGCACGACGCUCCCUGGUGCUUUACUCUGGAUGACAGUGUACGGAUGGAGCUCUGUGACAUUCCUCCAUGUGACUUGCCAAAGCAUGGCGGCAGCAGUAUGGGGAUCCUGUACAUCCUGGUACCAAGUGUGGCUAUACCGCUGGCCAUCGCCCUGUUGUUCUUCUUCAUCUGUGUUUGCCGAAACAACCAGAAAGCUUCACGUCCGCCAGCUCCACGACAGCCCAAGCCGGGACGUGGCCAGAACGUGGAGAUGUCAAUGCUCACCGCCUACAAACCAAAGAGCAAAGCCAAAGAGCUUCCUCUAUCCGCUGUCCGUUUCAUGGAGGAGUUGGGUGAGAGUGCCUUUGGUAAGGUCUACAAAGGUCACCUGUACCUGCCAGGCAUGGAGCAUGCUCAGCUAGUGGCCAUAAAAACACUAAAAGACAUCUCGAGCGCACAACAUUGGGGAGACUUCCAGCAGGAGGCAUCCGUACUGUCAGAACUUCAUCAUCCCAAUGUGGUUUGUCUUCUGGGUGUCGUGACCCAGGAGCAGCCUGUCUGCAUGCUCUUCGAGUUCCUGGCCCAGGGCGACCUCCACGAGUUCCUCAUUAUGCGCUCGCCCCAUUCAGAUGUGGGCUGCAGUAGUGACGAAGAUGGCACCGUGAAGUCCAGUCUCGACCACGGAGACUUCUUGCACAUGGCCAUUCAGGUUGCCGCCGGGAUGGAGUAUCUCGCGAGCCAUUUCUUCGUCCACAAGGACCUUGCGGCAAGAAACAUCCUGGUUGGCGAGCAGCUUCACGUUAAGAUUUCUGACCUGGGAUUGUCCAGGGACACCUACACCUCGGAUUACUACAGGGUCCAGCCCAAUACUCUGCUUCCCAUACGCUGGAUGUCACCAGAGGCCAUGGUUUAUGAGUAUAGCACAGACUCAGACAUUUGGGCGUUUGGCGUGGUCCUGUGGGAGAUCUUCAGUUUCGGCCUGCAGCCCUAUUACGGUUUCAGCAACCAGGAGGUGAUGGAAAUGGUGCGAAAGAGACAGUUGCUUCCCUGCCCGGAGGACUGCCCACCUCGUGUGUACACGUUGAUGACCGAGUGCUGGCAGGAGGGCCCAGCACGCCGGCCGAGAUUCAAAGACAUCCACGCCCGUCUGCGUGCCUGGGAGGGCCUGUCCUCCCACGCCAGCUCCAGCACUCCAUCCGGAGGGAACGCCACCACCCAAACUACCUCGCUGAGCGCCAGCCCCGUCAGCAACCUUAGCAGCCCGCGUUACGCCGGAUAUAUCUAUGGACCUCCGCAGAGUCUCCCACCGGGACAGAUUGCGGGCUUUAUGGCGGCACCGAUGCCACAGAACCAGCAUUUCAUACCUGUGAACGGAUACCCAAUCCCUCCAGGCUACGCUGCUUUCCCCGCCGCUCACUUUGCAGCUUCUCAAGGCCCUCCACAGGUAGUGCAGCACUGCCCACCGCCCAAGAGCCGGUCACCCAGCAGUGCCAGUGGGUCCACCAGUACAGGUCAUGUGACCAGCGUGCCUUCCACAGGCUCCAAUCAUGAUGCCAACACACCUUUACUCUCUCACUGUGUCACGCUGACACCCAUGACGGGCACGAUGCCUGUUUUUGGACAUAUGACACAAAAGGGCUUGCAGAUAGACCCAUCGCAAGCGGCUCUGCUUGCUGACACUAGCCGACUGUUGUACAGUGAAUCUAUUAUUACUGCCGAUUUGUGAAUACGUAUUUUCACCUGUAUAUUGAUAAUUAUUGAUAUUUUAAUGUUUUUUUAUCCUUGUAAAUAUAAAAUAGCCUGAACCAAAUGCGAAAGUUUAUAUUGUUAUGUUGCGUAAAUGUGUUUGAAAGAAAAGGACACUCGUCUCACCUCAUCUCUAGGACAGAUGAUAUUGAUACAAUGCAAAACCUGAAACUUUUUCUCCGUGCUGAUUCUACAGUGAUUUUAUGCCAGAAAAGCCUAAACAUUUUAAAAGAGCCUAAAUUUGGAAUUACACCCCGGAGUUGCUUUCAAAUUAUCAUGGCUUAGUCUAAACCAUCUCUCUUGUUUUUACCUACUAAUGACAGGAAAACUACCCAGGAGGUUUUAAAAUAUCUCUUACAGAUAUAUGGAAAAUAUGUCAAAUACAUUUUAAAAAACAUACUUGUACAUCGAUGCCACUUAUAUUUUAAAAUAUUAAAUAUUUCCCAUUUUCAUAUGAUCACACAAGUAUGAAUGAAAUUCUGCUAUAUACUCAUAGGGGAACCAUUUUUAGUGCUAAACAUCACCUAUGUAGAGUAUAUAGCAGAAUUUCUAGAAUUUAUGGAAUAUAAAUUGGCUAACUAUACAUCACCAGUGCCUAAAAGUAUGAGCAUGUGCCUAUAUGUUCACCAUAUGUGCCUCCAUUAUAUUCUGAAAUCAGACCUACAGUAUACACUUCAAAACAAAACACCUCACAUGACAAGGCACUUGUCUUAAAGGAUUAGUCCAUUUUCUUAAAAAAAAUCCAGAUAAUUUACUUAACACCAUGUCAUCCAAAAUGUUGAUGUCUUUCUUUGUUCAGUCGAGAAGAAAUUAGGUUUUUUGAGGAAAAUAUUCCAGGAGUUUUCUCAUUUUAAUGGAACCCAACACUUUUUUUCAACUGAGUUUCAAAGGACUCUAAACAAUCCCAAACGAGGCAUAUGGGUCUUAUCUAGCGAAACGAUUGUUAUUUUUAAAUAUAUGCACUUUUAAACAACUUUUCGUCUAUCUCCGGUCUUGUGAAGCGCCAGCGCGACCUCACGUAAUUGCGCAAUGACGUCGAAAGGUCACGUGUUACAUAUAUGAAACGCACAUUUACGGACCAUUUUAAACGAUAAACUGACACAAAGACAUUAAUUAGUAUCAUUCCACAUACAACAACGUCCAAACGGUCCUCUUUCUCCACACUUGUAAACACUGGGGCGGAGUUUCGCAUUCGUCAUCCGUUGCCUCUUGACGUGAUGAUGUAUUACGUGAGGUCGCGCUGGCACAUCACAGGACCGGAGAUAGAUGAGAAGUUGUAGUUAAAUUUUUCUUGUCAAAAAUGACAAUUGUUUCGCUAGAUAAGACCCUUAUGCCUUUUUUAGGAUCGUUUAGAGUCUUUGAAAACUCUGUUUAAAAAUCUGUUAAGUGUUGAGUUAAGUGUUAAGUGUUGGGGUCCAUUAAAGUCUAUUAAAAUGAGAAAUAUCCUUUUCCUCAAAAAUCAUAAUUUCUUCUCAACUGAACAAAGAAAGACAUCAACAUUUUGGAUGACAUGGUGGUGAGUAAAUUAUCUGGAUUUUUUUUAAGAAAAUGGACUAAUCCUUUAAAAUUUAAUGUUGCCUGUAAGGCCAUAAUACAGCAAGACUACAGGCGUAAGUUAACACAUUCGCAGUUUCAGUUUGUGCUUUAAAGGUAUAGUUCACCCAAAAAUGAAAAUUCUGUCAUCAUUUGCUCACUGUCAUGUUGUUACAAACCUGUAUAAAUUUCUUUGUUUUUAUAAACACAAAGGAAGAUAUUUUGAGGAAUGUUUGUAACCAAACCCCAUUUACUUACUUAUUUUUUUUCCUACUAUAAAAAGUGAAUGGGGUCCACGAACGGUUUGGUUACAAAAAUUUUCCAAAAUAUCUUCCUUUGUGUUCAUCAGAACAAAGAAAUUUAUACAGUUUGUAACAACAUGAGAGUGAGUAAAUGAUGACAGAAUCUUCAUUUUUGGGUGAACUAUCCCUUUAAACGGGAGCACAUGAAAAUAAUAAUUUUUUAGACUGUACGAAUUACAUUUCUUUUAAUUCCUGUCUUCAACAUAUGGCAUCACUGUGUUCUUGAAAUAAUGCAGAGCUUGUUGUCGUAAAACAAGGUAGUCGCUACCUGUAGAAUGUAAUGUUUUAAUGUUCCUCUAGGGGUCAGUGUCACUCUGUGGCUCUGAUUGAAUGAAGUUCUUUAUAUUUUCUCACAUGGAUUUCCGUGGUUAUACUGUAUGUGCUAUUAUUCUGCUUUUGUUUUGAUAGUUGCUUGUACCUUGUUUAGAAUCAAUGGAAACUUUACAGAAAUCAAAAGAUUUGAUCCCUGUAAACAAGCAGUGUCAUUUUCACUUUGGUCUGUUGCUAUGCAACUGUUGAAUUCAAUGAAACCGUUUCCAGUGUUGAAGACAAUCGAGAAUUUACAGCAUUUGUGAAGACGUGAUCGCUUGUGACCUAUGAACUGCCUUUGGGACAAUAAUGUGUCACGAGUUUGAUGUUUCAUGAUAAGAUGGUAUGCAUGAAAAACUGAUGUUUAUAGCAAUGGUUUAUUUUUGUAUGAUUUUGUCAAACAAUUUUACACCAAUAUUGCAGUUUUAUUAUUGUACAUUUGACCAUACAGUGUGUUUGUUAUUAUAAAAACCACUUAAAGAACGAAA